AUGCCAUCACUUGCUGGAUAUGUAAAAGCAUGGUCUGAGAAUGUCGUACAGAUGACUGUCAAGGGAUCGGGUCAUUUUGUUCCUAUGGAUCGCCCUGCUCAAACCCUGCAAAUGCUUGUUAACUUCUUAAGAAAUAACUACAACUACAGUACUCCCAUCUUUGACGUUGAUACCACUCCGCAACCCCUAAUCUCUCCUCCAGCAUCGACACCAGAUUGCUCACGUAAGGAAUCCGAUCGUAUCGUUACGAUGCCUGGUCUCGACUGGAACUUACCAUUCAAACAAUAUUCAGGAUUCCUCAAGGGAUCUGACACACAUAUGCUUCACUAUUGGCUUGUGGAAUCUGAACUCGUAGAUCCAGCUAGUGCACCAUUGCUUCUUUGGCUGAACGGUGGACCUGGUUCUAGCUCCUUGGAAGGAUUAUUCUUCGAGAAUGGACCAUUCAGAAUUGGGAAAGAUGGCGUUACCGUAACGAGAAACCCUUACUCAUGGAAUAAGUUCGCGAACGUUUUGUAUUUGGAAUCGCCAGUAGGAGUCGGCUACUCAUAUUCCACAGAUGGUGUUUUGCCACAAUAUUCUGAUGAACUGUUCGCAAACGUUUUGUACUUGGAAUCGCCAGUAGGAGUCGGAUACUCAUAUUCCACAGAUGGUGUUUUGCCACAAUAUUCUGAUGAGUUGGUAAGUUAAUA